AUGCUGAGGACUCUAGUCUACAACCCUGAGAAGAGCUGGAUUAUAAGGGCCCUCACUAGGGUGCACACUGUAUUUGCGAACGCUUUCAUUCGCAGCUGCCGCAGACAGCGAGAGCAGUUCCUCCUGGAGCUGAGGGCCACUGGAUGGAUGGAGGUCGAGGACCGCGACACUCUUUACAAGGAGCUGCACUUCAAAACCUUCAACCAGGCGUUCGGCUUCAUGUGUCGAGUGGCUCUGCAAGCACAGAAGAUGAACCAUCAUCCGGAGUGGUUCAAUGUUUAUAACAAGGUCCAGAUCACUUUAUCGACACAUGACUGUGGAGGACUGUCAAAGAAGGACAUUCGACUGGCCAAAUUCAUUGACAAGGUGGCUCUGUCCCUGUAGAGGCUCUUCCUUCUGGAACGUACAUUCAUUUUCAAUAUUUCAAAUCUUCUGUAUUGUAUUCCCAAAAAGGGAAAUAGUUAAUUUGUUAAUUCACACACGUGUGUGUUUAAAAUCAUUUUUCUUAUUCGGA